CUGAAGGCGGGAACACUGGGAGCUGAGGGCCAGCCGGAAGUCCCUGGCGUUUCCGGUGGCUAGCGGAGGAUCAAGCCAUGGCCAAGCAUCACCCGGACUUGAUCUUCUGCCGCAAGCAGGCUGGUGUCGCCAUCGGAAGACUGUGUGAGAAGUGUGACGGCAAGUGUGUGAUCUGUGACUCCUACGUGCGGCCCUGCACACUGGUCCGGAUCUGUGACGAGUGCAACUAUGGCUCGUACCAGGGGCGCUGUGUGAUCUGCGGGGGACCCGGCGUCUCAGACGCCUACUACUGCAAGGAGUGCACCAUCCAGGAGAAGGAUAGAGAUGGCUGUCCCAAGAUUGUCAACUUGGGGAGCUCUAAGACAGAUCUUUUCUAUGAACGCAAAAAGUACGGCUUUAAGAAGAGGUGAUUGGUGGGUGGCUCCUUCCUGCUCCCGCACAGCUGCUGCCGCCACCAGAAGAAAAUCUGCAGCAGCA